AUGCUGUUGUCGCAAAUCUUAGCGCGCUCCACUUCAAUCCUGGGACAUGUGUAUGAAGCUGCAGUUGGCGGUGACAUAAACCCGACACGUGACUUCUUCUAUGUCGGAGGUCACUAUGAGAAUUUUACUUACAUGAUCGGCCAAAUCUACGUAGAAAGACUCACACCGCCAAAAGUCACCGAGCCAUACCCAAUCGUCUUCAUCGCUGGAUCCGGCCAAACUGGCACAAAUUUCCUCAAAACCCCCGACAGCCGCCCAGGCUGGUCUUCCCACUUCCUAUCCGCCGGCUACGUCGUCUACCUCACCGACCAGCCCUCCCGCGGUCGCUCACCUUGGUAUCCUGGAAUUGGUUCAGUGGCUGCUUUCGACACCCACAAAGUCGAAACUCUCUUUACUGCCCCAGAAGACUACGGCCUCUGGCCACAAGCGCACCUGCAUACGCAAUGGCCUGGCACCGGCCACCCUGGCGAUCCGGUCUUCGACUCUUUCUAUGCCACGCAGGUACAGUUGCAGGCCAAUGAGCUGAUUUCCGAAGAAACGAAUGCGAGGGCGUAUUCGGCGCUGCUUGACCGUAUCGGCCCUGCGUAUCUAAUCACGCGUAGCCAAGCGGGAGCGUAUGGUUGGCGGAUCGGGGAUGCGCGGCCUCAUCUUGUCAAAGACAUCGUAGCGCUCGAGCCCUCCGGACCACCAUUCGAAAAUGCGUUUCCGUUCAAGGGUCGGCAGAGGACGUGGGGAAUCACAGCCUUAGAGAUCUCAUACGAACCGUCAGCUGGACCGAACGCUACAGCUCUGCACACCGUGACCGUGGCUGCGAAAGACGAAGAGCACACGAGUUGCAUCCUGCAAGCUGAACCGGCGAAACGGUUGAAGAAUCUGAGUAGGGUAAAUGUGUUGGUGGUGACGGCCGAGGCGAGUUUUCACCAACCGUAUGAUUAUUGCACGGUGCUGUAUCUGCGGCAGGCGGGGGUCAAGGUUGAGUUUCUGGACCUUGGGGAGGUAGGGGUGAGGGGAAAUGGGCAUAUGAUGUUUAUGGAGUUGAAUGGGGAGGAGAUUGCGGGGAGGGUUGGAGUGUGGUUGAAGAAGCAGAGAGUUUAA